AUGGCCGACAACAGAGAUCGAUACCGUAUCUCAGUGUCCCCGUUCGGCGACCCAACUGCUUCGAACGUAGCAGGAUUUCGAGCAGUAAGCGGCGAACAGCGCAUGGCAGAUAGCAGAGAUCAAUCCCGGAUCUCCCAUACCCCCAUCGGUGAAACUAUCGCGCUCGACACAGCAGACACCAUGGAAGUGGAAAACGAUCAUAAUGCAGCGAAGAUCGACGGUGAAUCUCGCAUCUCCGUUUUCCCAUCUGGUGAAUCAAGCCUGCUCAACAUGACAGAUAUCAGAGCAGUGAGAAAGAUUCAGAAUACGGCGGAUACCGCCGAUCAGUCUCAAGUCUCUGUAUCCCCCUCCAGAGAUUCCACCAGUCUCAGCUCGGUAGAACCGGAAAUAACGAGCAGCGACCUCAGUAUAGCCAACGACGACAUCAUCAUGCUGGACUGUGAUGUGCAAACCUUCAUCGACCUCACGAAGGAAGGUGAGGCUGAAAAGGCCAUUGACGAAUUGACCUCGGACAUGGCACAUAUCGCAACAACCGCCGCCGACGACUCAUCGAGUGACAACUCGAGCUCAGGCCGCUUGUCCAGAGGUGAGCAAUCCAGCAGCCGCAGCUCAUCCCCUGAGUUGGAUGAAACACAAGUUGUAAUUGGUGGUAUUGUUUACAAAGCCGGGAUGUCUCUGGAGCUCGACGACGGCUCUUUUCUGCGGCUUCAGGGAGUAAUCCCUCAAACAGACGACGUGCGCUUCUUCGGCCGGCGUCUUUACCGGACGACGCACCCAGAAGCCAAGACCUAUCUCCCGAAAGUGCACAAUGAAUUGAUCUGGCUCACCCAGAAUACCGAUCAUGUCAGCUUGAAGCGCGUCAGGCGGAUUGUAUCCAUUGCUUUCACCAACUUCCGCACUGACUUCGCUAACAUCCCGCCGGAGGAAAGAGGAAGGCUGACCUGCCGGUUGAAGCUCACGAUCCGUCAGACUGGAGUAAUUAUUGUCGAAGGACAUUCACCAUUGACUGCAGAGCAGUGCGCAAUCGAAUGGCUCACCUUCUCCGAGUCAGACCCCGGGCUUGGCCUCUCAGGCCACCAGUUACGCCAUAACUGGAGAGGUCCCACUGUGCGUUUCGGAGAGGCCGCGGCGUCUUCAGCGGCCCUAGAUCUUGAGCGGCAGGGGUUCAUUGACCUCACUAACCCGUCUCGUGCAUACACCUUCGGUGAUGCGUAUUGUGGUGGCGGUGGUGUGUCCUGCGGGGCGAGACAGGCCGGUGUGAAGAUCAAAUGGGCUGUUGACAUCGACAAAUACGCCCUGGAAACAUACCAGCUUAAUUUCAACGAUGUGGAGGUUGAGCAUUCCGACUUUUUCAGCUUCCUCACCAACGAUCGGGACUUCUUGCGAGUAGACAUCGCUCACUGCUCACCCCCUUGCCAGACCUGGUCCCCUGCCCACACUGUGCCAUGCGCUCGCGACGAUGCGAACUCUGCUUGUGUAUUCUCUGCCGGCAGCUUGAUCCGAGGAGCCCGUCCCCGGAUCUUGACCCUAGAGGAGACCAUGGGUUUGCCUCAACGGUUCCCCAUUGUCUUCAACCGGGUUGUGCUGGAUAUGGUGGAGUUUGGAUACUCUGUUCGUUGGGCGGUAUUGGGUUGUGAUGAAUAUGGCGUGCCACAGGAGCGCAAGAGAUUGGUUCUCAUUGCUGCGGGACCCGGUGAAGUUCUGCCGCAUUUCGCUCCGCCUACUCAUGGCUCGCCUGAACGGGGUUUGCUGAGCCGGGCGACUAUCGCUUCCACCAUCGAUAAUAUUCCCCCUGAUGCCGAGGACCACGACGUUGAACGGGCCUUGAAACGAUGGGCUUUGUGCCACCAUGAAGCAUUCAGUGCGAAUGGUCUGGCGAAGACUAUCACCUGUGGCGGCGGCGAGUUUAACUACCACCCUUCGGGGACCCGUCCUUACACCAGUCGUGAGAUGGCCCUGUUGCAAACAUUCCCUCUAGACUACCAGUUUACUGGGAAGUUUAUGCGCAAGCAGAUUGGGAAUGCCGUCCCCCCACUCUUCGCCAAGGCCAUCAUUGGCGAGAUCAUUCGAUCUUUGAAGGAGAGCGACACUAAUGAGGCCAAUGGAACCUUCUACUGA